AUGAGACAUUUGACCAAGCACUUGAAGAUUGGAAUUAUCAACAGUUGUGAAUCAGGUGCUCCAAUUUCCCAAGUUAGGAUAAAUCUUGUUAAGAGAUUUGGUGGAAAUGAACAUUUCAUCCUAACCGAUAAAGACAUCCAACACGUCAUAGAUGAGGAGCGAAGGCUGAAAAUGGAAGGGGGUGACGCGAAAGCAAUGAUGACCUAUUUUGAGGGGAUGCAAAAGGCAAAUAGCAACUUCUACCAUGCGCACAGACUAAACAACACAGGCCACCUACAGGACAUAAUGUGGGUUGAUGCAAGGAGUCGGGCAUCAUUCACUGACUUUGGUGAUGUUUUGAAAGAUGUGAUGAAAACAGUGGUCUAUGAGAGUUUAACUGUUGACGAGUUUGAUGAUAAGUGGCGCAGUAUGAUACAAGACUUCGAGACCACCCAGAGGGUGGAGUCAAUAAACUCCUUCUUUGAUGGGUUUUUUAAUAGGCACACGAAGUUGCACGAGUUCCCAGAAAAGCAUUGCAUUCGCGUGCUCGACACUAAUUUAGUUCGUGAUCUCCCUUCAAAGUACAUCCUUCGCAUAUGGAGGAAGGACUUGUAUAGGAAACACAUCCAUGUUGAUGUUGGUUAA